CCGACUAGCGGUAAACUAAUGUGUUGAGAGUUUUGUUUACUUAUGAUCGAUUGUUAAUUAUUAACUAGUUACUGUUAAACGACCCAUAAUUAUAUUUAAACAUUUAGAUUGUGUAUAUGAUCUGUAGUCGUGUCUUUAUAAAGGUUAAAUCUGAGGAGGUUCUCAGAAGAUCAGCAAAACAUGACUCAUCGCACCAUCCAUCUGUUUCGCAAGGGUCUGCGUCUGCAUGAUAACCCCACCCUGCUGGCGGCGCUAGAAUUCUCCUCCGCCCUCUACCCCGUUUAUGUGCUGGACCUAGAGGCGAAGCUUUUGGGUGCGUUACGCUGGCGCUUCAUUCUGCAGAGUCUGGAGGAUCUGGACGGACGUCUGCGUGCCCUGGGUUCGAGGCUGUACGUCCUCCGUGGCUCCACCCUCGCCGUCCUGCGAGAACUCGUGACUCGAUGGGCCGUGACUCAGAUCAGCUACGACACCGAGGUGGAACCACAUUACACGGGCAUGGACCGGGAGAUUCGAACCCUGGCGCAGGAACGAGGAAUAAAAACGCACACGUGUGUGUCGCACACGCUGUAUGAUGUCAGGAGGAUUAUUAAAGCUAAUGGUGGCUCUCCUCCUCUCACGUAUAAGAAAUUCCUUCAUGUUUUGUCUGUUUUGGGCGAACCGGAGAAACCUGUGCGAGAAAUCACGGCUGAGGACUUUCUGAGAUGUCUGACUCCUCCUGACCCGGAUCAUGAAAGGCAGUUUGGGAUCCCAUCUCUGGAGGAUUUGGGUCUGCAGGUUCCCUCUGAGGUCCUUUGGCCGGGUGGAGAGACGCACGCCCUUAAACGACUCCAACAACACCUCCAGAGUCAGGGUUGGGUGGCCAAUUUCUCCAAACCACGAACGGUUCCAAACUCUCUUCUUCCCAGCACCACGGGUCUCAGUCCGUACAUUAGUCUGGGCUGUCUGUCCGUCCGCACUUUCUACCAUCGACUCACCAGCAUCUACGCACAGUCGAGGAAUCACUCGCUGCCGCCCGUGUCUCUCCAGGGUCAGGUCCUCUGGAGGGAGUUCUUCUACACCGUAGCAUCAGCUACUCCAAACUUCACCCGGAUGCAGGGAAAUCCCAUCUGCCUGCAGAUCGACUGGAAGCACGAACCGGAGGCUCUGGAGAAGUGGAGAACCGCUCAGACGGGUUUCCCCUGGAUCGACGCCAUCAUGACGCAGCUGCGUGAGGAGGGUUGGAUCCAUCACCUGGCGCGUCACGCCGUGGCCUGUUUCCUGACCCGUGGAGAUCUGGGGAUCAGCUGGGAGGAGGGCAUGAAGGUCUUUGAAGAACAACUGUUGGAUGCGGAUUACAGUGUGAACGCUGGGAACUGGAUGUGGUUAUCUGCAAGCGCCUUUUUUCAUAAGUACACAAGGAUCUUCUGCCCGGUUCGUUUCGGACGCCGGACCGACCCAGAUGGACAGUAUCUUAGGAAAUAUCUUCCAGUUCUUAAGAAUUUUCCCUCUCAGUAUAUUUAUGAGCCGUGGAAAGCACCAGAAGAUAUCCAGAUCAGCGGCGGAUGCGUUAUCGGUACAAAAACUCACAACUGUCCGAUGCAAUACAUCUGUUACAUCUAUAAUAAUGAGCUGUGUGUGUGUGCAGGUAAGGAUUAUCCUCAUCCGAUGGUUUGUCAUCUAGAAGUGAGUCAGAAGAAUUUGGCUUUGAUGCGACAGAUUCACACCGAACAGCAGAAUACCGCACAGCUGACACGAGAUGUAUCAGAUGACCCGAUGGAGGCGGGGCUUAAGCGUGAGCUACAGGAGGAGGAAGAGCUUAUAGAGGGGGCGGAGUCAAACGGAACAUUCAAGCGCUUAAACAACGGAAUGGAUCAUCAGUCUCGCCCCUGCAGCUGAAGUCCAGAAACCCUGCGCCUGUCCAAACUCAUGUGACCUCAGGAUCAUAGUUCAAUAUUUCAACAUAAUAUUAGUCAACAUUUAGAUGACAUCAUUUGAGUUUAUGAAUGUAGAAGUUAUAUGCACUAAGAGCAUGCCGUACACCCAGAUUCAGAUCAGACUCCUGUAUGAACUCAGAUCAGACUUCUGUAUGAACUCCGACUCUUGUAUGAACUCAGAUCAGACUCCUGUAUAUACUCAGAAUCUUGUGUGUACUCAGAUCAGAUUCUUGUACGAAGUUAAACUCUUGUGUGUUCUCAAAUCAGACUCCUCUGUGCACUCAGAUCAGACUCCUGAAUGAAUUCAGAUCAGAAUGCAGUACGAACUAAGACUCAUGUGUGCACUCAGAUCAGACUCCUGUAUGAACUUAGAUAGAUCUGACUCCAGUACGAACUCAGACUCUUUUAUGCACUCAGAUCAGACUCGUGUAUGUGUGUGAUUACAUUUGUUUACACUUGAAUGUAUUUGAAACCAACUCAUUGUUCAACUCCAAUAGUUUUCUUGUGCACAUGUGUUUAUGAUUGUGUGUUUGCUCUACAAAAUAAUACAAAAAACAACUUUGUCAUGCAAAUAAAUAUAUAGUGUUAUGCAUGUGUAUUUUUAAAUGUCUCAGAAAUAGUUUAAAUGCUGUAAACAUGCACUUC